GCAGUCAAGAUGUGUGACUUCACUGAGGACCAGACAGCAGAGUUCAAGGAGGCGUUCCAGUUGUUUGACAGAACAGGUGAUGGCAAGAUCCUGUACAGUCAGUGUGGGGACAUGAUGAGGGCCCUGGGCCAGAACCCCACCAACACUGAGGUGCUCAAGGUUCUGGGGACCCCCAAGAGUGAUGGGAUGAAUGUGAAGGUUUUGGACUUUGAGCACUUUCUGCCCAUGCUGCAGACUGUGGCCAAGAACAAGGACCAGGGAACCUAUGAGGACUACGUUGUAGGCCUUCGAGUGUUUGAUAAAGAAGGGAAUGGUACUGUCAUGGGUGCUGAAAUCCGGCAUGUCCUAGUCACACUGGGUGAGAAGAUGACAGAGGAAGAAGUGGAGAUGCUGGUGGCAGGGCAUGAGGAAGUACUUGUCCGGAUGGUGCUGAAUGGCUGA